GAGCUCAGCGCGCAGGCCCCGCAGUGACGUCACGGAGGCGCGACUGGGCCGGCGCUGGGGUAAGGAGCCUGCUGAGGGAUGCCCAAGAAGUUCCAGGGUGAGAACACCAAGUCGGCAGCGGCCCGGGCACGGAGGGCAGAGGCCAAGGCGGCCGCUGAUGCCAGGAAGCAGAAGGAGCUCGAGGAUGCCUACUGGAAGGACGACGACAAACACGUCAUGAGGAAGGAGCAGCGCAAGGAGGAGAAGGAGAAGCGGCGUCUGGACCAGCUGGAACGUAAGAAGGAGACGCAGCGCCUGCUGGAGGAGGAGGACUCCAAGCUCAAGGGCGGCAAGGCGCCGCGAGUGGCCACGUCCAGCAAGGUCACCCGGGCCCAGAUCGAGGACACCCUGCGCCGAGACCAUCAGCUCAGGGAGGCCCCCGAUGCAGCCGAGAAAGCCAAGAGCCAUCUGGAGGUGCCGCUGGAGGAGAACGUGAACCGCCGCGUGCUGGAGGAGGGCAGCGUGGAGGCGCGCACCAUCGAGGACGCCAUCGCGGUGCUCAGCGUGGCGGAGGAGGCGGCCGAUCGGCACCCAGAAAGACGCAUGCGGGCAGCCUUCACAGCCUUUGAGGAAGCCCAGCUGCCGCGGCUCAAACAAGAAAAUCCCAACAUGCGGCUGUCACAGCUGAAACAGCUGCUCAAGAAGGAGUGGCUCCGCUCCCCCGACAACCCCAUGAACCAGCGGGCCGUGCCCUUUAAUGCCCCCAAGUGAGCCCAGAACUGGGGGAACCAGUUCACCCUCGGGUGGCCCAGGUCACGAUUCUACACGCCCUUCCACCAGGUCAGCUGCGAGGAUCACCGAGCAGUCCGGGGGCCCAGGUGCCGGUCCCCAGGGCCAUGCUCUAUCACCAGCCACCCCUCCUCCUGCCAGAGGGUCCCUGCCCCAAGUGACACCCCAUCCCCUCCCAUCCCCCAGCGCGUGUGUGUAGAGCCUCAGGGCUGAGUGCCCAAUAAAGGUGGCGGCAAGGCUGCGGUGAGGCA